AUGGCAAAGAAGAAUAAAGAUAAAGGAACUGGAAAGAAUGUGGCCAAUAAAGAGAAUUAUGCUCGAAUGUCCCAUUUAUACCAGAUAAGCAACCAAUUCACCACAUCUCAGUCCGAAUAUCAAAUCCUAGCGAGAGGGUAUAAUAGAAACUUGGAUUUGAUAUCAAAAAAGACCGUUACCAAAGUAUCACCACAUUUAAAACGUACCAUAUGCAAAAAGUGUAACACAUUCCUCAUUCCAGGAUUAACUGUUUCUAUUUGUCUUGAAAAUCUAUCCAAAAAGAAAUUGCAGCAUAAUGAUGUCCUAGUUUAUAAAUGCAACAACUGUGAGGAAUGUAAACGGUUUCCCGUUGGUAAAAAUAGAGAAUAUCAAUUGUUUGUUGAUAAGUCGGUCGUUCAGUAG